ACUGCGCGAGUCCAUCAUAGACACACCGACAGAGACUUGACAGCUCCGUGUUAUAACAGAAAAUCAGCUUCCCUCAAUACGCAUUUGCCAAACCUAGCAGCCGCCACGUUUUCCUCCUCGUUCGUCCUACUUGUCGUCGUCGUCGUCGUCUCAUCCAUUCAAAUUUCCAUCCCACCAACCCGACCGACCAAACCAUCCAUCCAUCCAUCCAGCCAUCCAUCCAUCCAUCCAUCCAUCCAGCCAUCCGUUCGUGAAGCCAACCAACCGACAACCCAGUCAACCAACAAACCAUUCAUUCACUCUCUAUCUAUGACCCAGACGGGAAGUUUGUCCUUAGCCACUAUCCAAUAUACUCACGAACAGACUAUUUGCGCUCAACCGUCCACCGUCGUGCGUGGACCGAAAUUUUACAAUUUUCAUACCUUAUUCGAGAACGAACCGCCUAGCCGUAAACGUAACGCGAAAACAACUCCGAUGAAAAAGGAACUAUAAGUAAAAAGCGAACGAAAAAAGAAAAAUAAUCUUACGAGGGUGGAAAAUUUUUUUACCCCCUUUAUCUCGAAUGUUAAACCGGUGAGAUUAUUCAUCGCAAUUCGUCAAUCGGUACAUCGUAGUUUGUCUCAUUUGUUUUCUUAGCGAAAAGGAAAUGAAUGUCCACGGUUCGUGUUUUGCACCGAUUAUGGCAAAUUGUGAAACCCGUCGAAGUGAUUGAAACAAGUGAACAUAAAACCGAAUAUUUGACAAUUUCAAAUACCCCGAGGAGAUGUAAAACUAAGAAGAAUCCAUCGAAGGACGAAACGUAAUCAGUGAAUCUCGAAUCAGUUGAAGCUUCGAUACAAUGACGGCAAUAAAAACGUGGGUGGAUUGUGCGUAAUUGAGUGGCGAAAAAACAAGUAACGAACAAUAAUAUAUAUUACCUCAUUUUUGUUGUUGUUUUUUUCGUUUUAUAUCCGUGCCGUGGCGCGGAUAAUAAUAAAACUCGGUAUAGAGGCUACCGCUACUCCUCUCGCGGGGUCUUUCAAGUCCCUUCGGAUGCACCGAGAUUGCAUCGCCCAGCAUCCAGUGAAUCAGUGACGAGCUCUUGAGGGCUGUCAAAGCUACGCCGGUCCCCGAGGCUAGUCCUUGACGCGUGCCACGUGCUGAUCAGAGAAGCCGCUCCGCGACCCGGAAGGGUUGAUUCCCGGCGAAGAGACAGGAGAGGAGAGAUAGAGAAAGAGAAAAGAGAGAAGAGAGCGAGAGGUGAGAAGCUAAAUAGAAAGAGAGCAGCGAAGCCGAAGACAAAAAAAGAAAAGAGAGGCGGUUAUAUACGUCAUCUCGUUAAAGUGCGGAACGUAUCGAGUGCAACCAGCAGCGGCAGGAACAGAAGGUGGCCGCAAGAAGUAUUGCAAAAUUUUUGAUGACAUACUGAGGAGAUGACAGGAUGCCUACGCCUCCACGACGAUGUCUACCGAAAGGAUCAAAUACCUAUAUAUUUGCCAGAUUUUAUAAGCUGGUGUUCGUCAACCUGGCGAUAUUUUUAUCGAAUUAUAGAGCGGCCUGCCUCAUGAGCAAUUCAGUCGACGAUUGGGCAGGUGGAAACGCAAUUGUCUGCAAUGGUAUUCCUGGACUGACAAAAGAACAACGUGAAUUAUGUAACAGAAACAGUGACGUAACGGUAGCGGCCCUUAAAGGACUUCAAAUAGCAGUUUCGGAAUGUCAACACCAGUUCGCUUGGCACAGAUGGAAUUGUUCAUCCCUUACGACGAACAGCAGGAAUCAACAGAGCAGCAUACUUCUGCAAAGAGGUUACAGAGAAACAGCUUUUGCCUACGCAAUAUCGGCGGCAGGUGUUGCUCACAGCGUGGCCAGAGCUUGCAGCAUGGGUCGUCUGGUAUCUUGCGGAUGUGAUCCUUCGAGUUACAAAGGUCGACCUCCGGCGAAAGCUCGCGGCGCUCAAUGGAAGUGGGGUGGUUGCUCCCACAAUCUUGACUACGGGAUAGAAUUUUCUAAACAAUUUUUAGACUCGCGCGAAAAGGCCGGCGAUAUCCAGUCGACCGUGAACUUGCACAACAACCAAGCUGGACGUUUGGCGUUAGCGAGCAACAUGCAGGUUCGCUGCAAGUGCCACGGUAUGUCUGGUUCCUGCGAGUUGAAAACCUGUUGGAAGGCCGUACCGGAUUUUCGAAUAAUCGGUAAAACGUUGAAAGAUCGUUUCCGAAGCGCGAUAUUGGUAGCCCAAAGUAAUUUGGGAAACGUAACGCCCCUGAAUAGAGUAAGAGGUUCUCGUAGACGGAGACCGGAACACAGACAGAGGCAGAAAAAGCAUCACAGAGGUGGCGGUAGAAAACGAAAGCCAAAGGACCUAGCCAAGCAACUAUUCUUCUACCAAAAAUCACCAAAUUUCUGCGAAAGGGAUCAAGCUGCCGAUAUUCCCGGGACAACGGGCAGACGUUGUAACAGAACGAGCGCCGGUGGAGACGGAUGCGCUUCCUUGUGUUGCGGAAGGGGUUACAAUAUCGUCAGACAACGUAGAACUGAAAGAUGUAACUGCAAAUUCCAUUGGUGUUGUUUCGUCCAAUGUCAGAAUUGCACCGUCGAAGAAUGGGUAACCGUGUGCAAGUGAGAUUUGAAAACUAACGAUAAGACGAGAAGAUGAAAAAAAAAAGAUCAUUCUGUCGGUAUCAUCAUCG